AUGAUCACCUUCUCACUUACAGAUAAUGAAUUCAAGGGCAGCAUUCUACCUAACACAGGCCUCAACAUGCCUAAUCUCCAACAGAUCGGAAUUGGUGGAAAUGAAUUCUCUGGGAAGAUCCCAGCUUCAUUUUCGAAUGCUUCUCAGCUUCGAAUAUUUGAUAUUACAGAAAAUAAUUUUUUGGGGCAAGUCCAGAAAGUUUUGGAAAUCUUGCAGGUCUCCAGUGGCUUGGCUAACCUGUUCACAAGUUCCAUUCCUACUUCUUUUGGGAAGUUCCAACAGCUACAAAUAUUGGCUUUAGAUGAAAACCGAUUAUCAGGACAGAUCCCAUCUUCCAUACGAAGCCUCUCUCAACUGUUUCAACUCUACUUAUCAGGAAAUAAAUUAGAAGGAAGCAUUCCUCCAAGUAUUGGAGACUGCCAAUAUUUGCAGUACAUGGAUAUCUCACAGAAUAGCCUUAGUGGAGAGAUACCACCACAGGUCAUUUGUCUUUCCUCCUUAUCUGUCUUGCUCAAUUUAUCACAUAACUCACUAACUGGCAGCCUAUCUGUGGAAGUGGGCAAGCUAAAGAAUAUCAAUGCACCGGACGUCUCUGAAAAUAAUCUGACUGGAGACAUUCCAGAAAACAUGGGAGACUGUCAAAUUCCAAAAGAUCUGCAGAGACUUCCUUUCUUGCUGUAUUUGAACCUUUCCUUCAAUAAUCUGGAGGGUGAGCUUCCAGCAUGCCCCAUCAAAGGACUAGAACAGAGAAAGAUCCAUAGUUUCAACCUAGAGUUCAUAAUUGCUUUAGUGCUUGGAUGUUCUCUUUUGUUUUCAUUCUUGCUUGCACUGUAUUGGAGGAGGAAACCCGAAAAGAAAUUACCAUCUGCAGUCUCAUCAAUCAACUUCCUUUCGAAGGUAGUUUUGGCUGUGGAUAUAAAGGGGUUCUUGAUAAGGAAGAGAAGGUUAGUUGCUAUAAAGGUCCUGAACCUCCAACAGAACGGAGCUUCCAAAAGUUUCAUGGCUGAAUGCAAUGCACUUGUUAAGAUCUUAACAUGUUGCUCCAGCGUGGAUUACAACGGUAAUGAAUUCAAAGCUCUAGUUUUCGAAUAUAUGUCAAAUGGAAGCUUAGAGGAGUGGUUGCACAGAGAAAAUCAAUCAAGGAGUCUGAACCUUCAUCAAAGAUUAAAUAUUGCAGUUGAUGUGGCUUCUGCAUUGUAUUAUCUCCAUGACCAUUGUGAACCACCAAUCAUUCACUGUGACUUGAAGCCAAGCAACGUUCUUCUUGACAAUGACGUGAUUUCUCAUGUAGGUGACUUUGGGUUAGCAAGACUCAUAUCAACCACCACGCAUUCCUCUGAAAAUCAAAGCAGCACAGUUGGAACUAAGGGAACCAUUGGCUAUGCUGCUCCAGAGUAUGCAAUUGGUGGUGAGCCAUCAAGACAAGGGGAUAUAUAUAGUUAUGGGAUUCUUGUAUUGGAAAUGUUCACAGGAAGAAGACCCACAGAAGAAAUGUUCAAAGAUGGUUUCAGUCUUCAUAACUUUGUUAAGAUGGCAAUACCAGAAAGAGUUAUGCAAAUUUUGGACCCGGCUCUCCUCGCCACGGUAGAAGAGAAAGCACCUCCUGCUGCAGCAACAGAAAAUGAAGUAAACUACAUCAGUGGCUACAACAUUGAAAUUAAGGCAGAAGAAGAAAACAUCAACUCUGAGAAGCUAGGCAAGAUGAGCCCAUAUGUGAGCAAGUGCAUAGUUCCAAUCCUUAAGAUUGGACUUGCAUGCUCAGAAGAAUCACCAAAACAUAGAAUGAAUAUGCAGGAUGUCACCAGGGACCUGCACCAUAUACAAAAUGCUUUCAUUGGCGUUGAUAUCUGUUGA